UUUGCUUUGAUCUUUAAACGAGAAAUGUGUGCACUGUCAAAGUUCUUACAGUAACAUCACUACAGAAAUUUCCUGCUAUUAAUGACUAACAGUUUCUAGUGUUUGUGCAGCUAAAAAUAGAGCUGUAGUUAUGUCGACCGGGAAAGCAAAACCGGGCGUGCUAAAGGUGCCUGGGGCAGUACCUACUGGUGCUAACCGUAGCAAGCUGUUGACAAGCCAGCUAAGCCAAAGUCGACUCAAUGCCAAGGAUCGCAGUGUGACUGUUGGGGUUGCGUCUCGUACAACACUAAACUCUUCCAGUCGUAAGAGUCAAGUAGCUCUGGAUAAUAAAGUUGGACACGGUUUCGGUGGAAAGAUUAACACCAUGAUCCAGGUAUUUGACGAGCAAGGCAGUGAUGUUACACCUCAACCUCUUCUUAUUGUGGAUCCCAAUGCUGUCAAACAUAAUCAGAGUAAAAUCUUUGGCAGUGGGGGUGACUCUAGCGGUGGAACGCCUACUGACCUGAUGUCUCAAGCCUCCAUCUACCAAACUGGUGGGAAUACAAGUUUUGCCGGACCGUUCACGAGAUCAGUGUUUGGAACCAGCAUGACUCAAUCAAGUCGUUCUGCCGAAUCAUUUACAGAUGAAUUUGCUGAACCUGCUGCUGCUACUGACAUUGUAUCUGGACUCGGAGAUGUUCACACAGAACGUAACAUAGAGAAACAGCUACUGACUGAAGAGGACCUUGAUAAAGUAGUAUCCAUUAACCUGAGUGAGACAGAUACGAUCUGGAUGCUAGACCUGCCUGGGAUCUGCCUGUCAGCAGAGAGUGAUGAAGCGGCCAAAGUCAAGGAACGCAACGAGAAAUAUAAAGAGUUAUGUAAAAGUCGUGAUGGGAAUGAUCGAUACGCAGAACGAGGAAUGCAGACAUUCAACGAGCAACCUAAGAAUAAAGAAGUCCAAUCUACAAAGAUUACUCAUGUCGAUUGUGGUAUCACUGCAACAACUUGGGACAUGUACGACACUUUUGAAGAGCUGGAUGCAGGCGACACGAAGGUUGAUGGAGAAGAUACAAUAGAGGAGGAGAUUUCUGGAGAGAGUUCUAAGAGCACAGCUAAGACUGCAACAUCUUCAGCUGAACAGACGACGCAAGGAUCUAUGAAUGCAACUCGGACAAGUGAGAGUCGAACCAGCCUAAUGGCAAGCUCAGUUGCCGAUUCAGAAGGAGAUGCACAAUCAGCUAAAGAUACUGCAGGGUUAUCAGACUCGGCAACAAUUUCAGAUGCAGCCAUCUUACAGUCUGACUCACUUAAGAAGCAUUUGUUUGUAAUGGAGAGAGUUGUUACUCUUAAUAACUUUCAACCUAAGCAGGCUUCAUACAGAGGGCUGCCUAUCUUACCCGAUAUUGACCGCAUCGUAGAAGAAGAACCAGCCGAGGGCAGUACAACCUCUGGAGCUGUUAAUAUUGCGCAGCUUGGACCCAACCUAGACCGACUCUGGGCCUACACCUGCAAUCUCACCAAAGGACGUAACGUUAGCUGUAUGUCUUGGAAUAACCACAACAAAGAUCUCCUUGCUGUUGGGUACAGUCAGUUUGGAUUUACAGAACAGAAGGGAGGUCUGGCCUGCUGCUGGUCGCUCAAAAACCCUGAGUAUCCAGAGAGAGUGUUCCAAUGUGAGUCUGGAGUAACAGCUAUGGAUUUCUCUUCAGCAAACCCAAACCUUCUCGCAGUUGGUAUGUACAAUGGUAUGGUAGCCAUCUACAAUGUUAGAAGUAACAACAGUGCUCCAGUACUUGAUAGCUAUGAGAGCCACGGUAAGCAUGCUGCACCCGUCUGGCAGCUGAAAUGGAUCGAUAAAGAGAAGGGGGCAUCAUCCGGUGAGGAGAGGGGGGAACUUCUCAUCUCAAUCUCCACUGAUGGACGAGUCACACAAUGGCAAAUCAGAAAGGGAUUUGAGUGUUCGGACCUGAUGAAGUUAAAGAGGGUAGCCAAGGCUAGUAAGAAACAGAAAGACGGCAAAGAAGGAAAGAGUGAAGGUUUCAUCUCACGUCAAGCUUCAGGGAUGUGUUUUGAUUUCAAUCCCAAGGAUCUCAGCAUCUACUUGGCAGGAACAGAGGAAGGGCACAUUCAUAAAUGUUCUUGUUCUUACAAUGAGCAAUAUUUAGACACUUACUUCGGUCACACGGGACCAGUCUACAAGAUAGAGUGGUCACCAUUCCUACCUGAUGUAUUUAUUAGCUGUAGUGCUGACUGGAGUAUGAGACUCUGGGUACAAGACCGACAGCAACCUGUUCUCAACUGUUUCUCCUCAACGAAAGCAGUCAUGGAUGUGUCGUGGUCUCCAAACUCAGCGACUGUAUUUGGAUGUGUCAAUGAGGGCGCUGUUGAGAUAUGGGACCUCAGUAUAAACAUGUUAGAUCCAAUCAUUGUCAACGUACCAGCGCCAGGAGUAAAGCUGUCAUGCCUUCAAUUUGCUCUCAACUCAAAUUGUAUUCUAGUUGGCGAUAGCGAGGGUCAAGUGUCAGUUUUCCAACUGAGGAAUAUGCCACCAGUUGAAGACAAUCAGAAAGAAAAACUGGAAGAGCUCAUUAAGCAGACGGUGAACAGCGAGCUCCAGACAAAAAGAUGAGAAGCUCAUCAAAAUAAUGCCAGCUCAAGUAAAGCUAAAGAACAAGUAGACAAAGAGAUAAAGCACCCCAAGAUUGUUAUAACAUCUAUGGACGUUCGUCCAUUUCAUGUUAAGAUUUCAAGUUGACAGAACUCACUUGAGUUUAAAGAAACUCCCAACUAGCAUGACUAGCCCACAUGUCUCGUCACGCAAAAUGUUUUACUGGUCCAGGGGAUGAUUUCUCAAAGGUCCAAGAUUGAUCUUAGCAGCAGUAGCGGCAGCUGGUAUGUGGAUCAAUUACUAAGCACAGUGUGAUGUCACAAUACAAAUCACUAUAGCUCAUCUUAAGAUAAAUAUUAGUGCUUUGUGAAACAGAGCAAGACUUGUUUUAUUUGUUCUUCUUUUUUUAGGGGGAUAACUGGAAAUGAAAGGCUCAAGCGUACAUUUCCUUAAAAGUAUUUCUGCGUGCCUUUUUUAGUUUGGGGGUCAGUUACCACAUGUACUUACAAGAACAUUGUUCAAAAUAUCUGGCCAGUUUUUACUGGGUAUUUUCACCACACUCAAACAUUAUUUGGAUAAUAACAAUUGUUUUCAUUGUCAUUUUUGCUUUAACAUUUCAGCAAUAUAACAUAUUUACAGUAAUGUUACUUUUUGCUCUCACUGUCCAUAAUGAGCUGUAUAUAUGUGCUCAGCACACUUAACUUUUUAUAAUAUUGUUGUUCUUCCUUGUUUAAAUUCCGUCCAUUGUCCGUUAUAGAAGUAACCAUUUAUCCCGUGUACAUUUCUUUAAAAAACAUAAAAAGAGUGCCUUUUGUAAAUGAAUUGUACAUUUUGUUAAAAGAUAAUUGAAUGCCUGGUAAGUUUUAUACUGUACUUUGUAAAUAAGGUACAACAAAUAAAGAUCUUUUGUAAAUAUG